AUGACGAAAUUACAAGGACUGAAGAGAUUAAAGCAUAUUAAAGCAGUCAUAUUUGAUAUGGACGGUACAUUAUGUCUACCUCAGCCUUGGAUGUUUCCAGCGAUGAGAAACACCAUAGGAUUGAAUGAUAAAUCAAUUGAUAUCCUUCACUUCAUUGAUAGUUUGCCUACCGAAAAAGAAAGAAAGGCAGCGCAUGAUAAGAUAGAACUGGUCGAAACAAAAGCCAUGAAGGAGAUGCAACCGCAGCCUGGUUUGGUUGACCUAAUGAGGUAUUUGACCAAAAAAGGCAUUAGUAAAAAUAUAUGUACUCGAAAUAUCGGCGCUCCAGUCGAGAGUUUUGUUGCAAGGUUCAUUCCAUCUGAGUUAUCGGUUUUUGACUAUAUAGUAACGAGAGAAUUCAGACCUACGAAACCACACCCUGACCCAUUAUUGCACAUUGCUUCGAAUCUCAAUAUAACGCCAUUAGAAAUGAUUAUGGUGGGUGAUUCAUUUGAUGAUAUGAAAUCCGGUAGAUCUGCUGGGUGUUUGACUGUAUUGCUAAAGAAUCAUGCGAACAGUCAUUUACUUCUCGAACAUAAGGAACUAGUAGAUAUUUCGGUGGAAGACCUAUCAGAAAUCAUUGAAGUACUUGAAAGUCUCGGUAACUAA